GGUUCGGUAUCAGUUGUAUCACAGCAGCAACAUGAAAUUCUUGGUUAUUUUUGCAUUGGCUUUGGCCACUGCCUCAGCCUUCGACUUGAGAGCCGAAAAUGUGGAAUCCCGCAGCGUCGUUAUGCCCGUCGUUGAAACCGAGGGCCGUAUUACCAAUGGCAACACUGCCUCGGUUGGUCAAUUCCCCUACCAAGUUGGUCUUUCCUUGAAAAUUAGCGCUCUCUCAUCGUCCUGGUGUGGUGGUUCCUUGAUUGGUUCCCAAUGGGUUUUGACCGCUGCUCACUGUACCGAUGGUGUCUCCUCCGUCACUGUCUACUUGGGCGCCACCGUACGCACCUCCGCUGAAGUUACCCACACCGUUUCCAGCAGCAACAUCAUCAUCCACUCUGGCUGGAAUAGCAAGACUGUUAAGAACGAUAUCUCCUUGAUCAAGAUCCCCUCCGUGUCCUACACCAGCCGCAUCCAAGCCGUUAAAUUGCCCGCCAUUGCCAACUCUUACUCCACCUAUGCCGGUGAUUAUGCCAUCGCUUCCGGUUGGGGCCGUAUCUCUGACUCUGCCACCGGUGUUACCAACAACCUGCAAUGGGCCCGCAUGCAAAUCAUCACCAACACCGUCUGUGCUGCCACCUAUGGUACCUCCAUUGUUACCUCGUCCAACAUUUGUGUCUCCACUCCCGGUGGUGUUUCUACCUGCAACGGUGAUUCUGGCGGCCCAUUGGUUUUGGAAUCCUCCAAGGUUCAAGUUGGUUUGACCUCCUUCGGUUCUUCGGCCGGUUGCGCCAAGGGUUACCCAGCUGCCUUCACUCGUGUCACCAGCUACUUGGAUUGGAUCAAGUCCAACACUGGUAUCUCUUAUUAAAAAGUGGCUGAUAUUUGUAAAACGAAUUUAUCUUUGUUUGAAUAGAAGUUUAUUUUUAUUUUAAUAAAUGGUAAUUUUAUAGAAUUUAA